UGUCCCGUUUUAUUAUUGUCAAGUAAAAAAUAUGUCUUAAAAUAAUUCACAAGGUAUGUCUGUGUAAAAAGAAAUAAUGAUGCGAUGGUUAGAGGGAUGUGUUACGAAUUACCCGCAGCACUGUCAUAAAAAAUACAGCCACACAUUUAAUGCACAGACUAAAUACACGACCGUGUGCAUGAAAUUGGAAUAGGCCAUUCGAUUUAGAAGUGCAGUAAAGAUUUGCGAUAACAGGAGGAACAGCGUACUAUGGCUGGAGUGGGUGCUCUCAACCUCUCACUGCUGAGUCGGGGAAUUGGUGAAGUGCAGACAAAUGGCCAUGAAAAGGUUGAAGUGUUCUUGGAACCAGAGGACUACUACAACUUCGUGAACUCCGACCGCUAUUACCUUCCACCAAUCAAAACCAACUUCUCCUUCACGCAUGGCGGGACCGGCCUAUCAUCUCGGGGCUCACGGGAGUUUAACGAAAUACAUCUCCCCAAGACGUUCACCACGCGAAAAGGGGCCUUGCUGCUGUUUUCCGAAGAUUUCGCUCUGCGGGAUAAAGAGCGGGAGGCAGCACAGAAAGAUGGGACAUCUCUGUCCAUUCACACGGUGGAGGAUCUGGCAAAAUCCAUUCUGUCGUAUGGCAGUCAUGAUCGACAGGAAAACACAGCCAACGUGUAUAUGAAGUUUCUACACCAGAAAAGAGACAUGAAGCGUCAAAUCAGACCGGGUUUUUCCGCAAAGCGUUACCUAGCAACCUGGACGAGAAACUGGGAUGACAGUGUGCUGGAAACAGUGAUUAGCAAAGGCUACAUCACGGAACGGUCUCUGUUCCACUACAACCUGGUGAUACCACACCUACGGCGCCGACUGAUCGCGGAGGACCUGUCUCACUACCCAGCUCCCUACAGACUGAUGCGCAGCAUGCUGCUCUGUCCCGGCAGUCUGUCGGGAUACACGUUCUACCGAGCCGUCACCGAAACAGAGGAUAUGUUGGACAGUCAACAGGAAAGAGUUGCAUCAAAGAAGCGGACAGGGUCGACAACUAUCAAGGUAAUCAAGACCCAAAAGGACGGAAUGCAGCGAGAAGUGAGCUACGCAAGUCUGGAUCGAACAUCGCAGGAGGAAGUAAUUACAGACCUUCUUGUGAAGAGCGCCGUUCACUAUGCACUUAUAAAACAAAAGGAAUACAUGGCAGAAUCCCUAAGAGAAAUUGGUGAUGAUCAUCAGGGAGAAUCCACUGAGAUUCGCAAAAUAUCUACCCACACCCCCGUCCCUGACUUCAACAUGAAGGAGGCUGUAGAGACUCGCUUUCGUGUCGCCAAGCUCUACAAUACAUGA